UUUGUUGAAGGUGCGCUUUUGUCGGCACGCUGUUGCCGGUGCGCUUCUUCGCUCAUUCGUCAGCGCGAUUUAGAACUCGCUGUUUUCUCGGCGCAGUUUCGUCGGCGAGCUUUUGUCGAACGCGCAUUUGUCGGUGAACCAUAUGGUCUUAACCGAAUGUGUUACAAAAGCUGCUUGUGUUAUGUAAAGUCUAAAAAUGGAGUCGCUCAAGUCCUGCUCUUUUACACGAAUAACCUUACUUCUCUCAAUUAAAGAUAGACUACAGGAAGUCCUCGACAUAUGACCCUGAUGGAUAGGCUGAGUUCUGAGAGUUCACAAGUCUUAAAGCUAACGUUUUUGGAGAUCCCUGCGCUAGACUUUCACCUCUCCAAUUCAGACAUCCCCACCCCCACCCCGCAGCCUAUCCUAACCACAUCCUUCCUUCCUUUCACAGGUCCGUAAGUACCAGCAAGCUGUCAGAUCAACCAACAAAGGCUGCCCUCAGCAGCCAGCUCUACCAGGGCAGCAAUGACAGCCUUAACACCGAGCGACCGAUGGAUACAGCUCCUCCAGGGGCCUGUGGCAUCACCGGAGGACAUCCGUCCAUGCCAGUUGGAGCCAGUUCCAGGGCAGUGAUGUUCACUGUAGGAUCCCCUCCAAACAGUGCCACGCCUCCGACCUGCACCCACAUGGUUCUCCGAGCUCGGACAAUGUCAGUUGGCUCUAACAGCUCCGGAGGUUCUCUCUGUUCUACCAGUGGCCGGAUCCUGAUGGGCUCCCCCCCUGGGAUUUAUAUGGGGUCCUCGCCCCCUGGAGUGGAGGCAGCUCCUUGCUUGAAGUACAUGCCUUACGGCGCCUCGCCUCCCAGCUUCGAAGCUCCAGAGCUGCCUGAAGAAACUUUGAUGGAGAGGGAGCACACGGACACCCUGCGCCACUUGAACUUGAUGCUGGCCUUCACGGAGUGCGUGCUGGACCUGACGGCCAUCCGGAGCGGCAACCCAGAGCUCUGCAACUCCGCCGUGUCCCUCUACCAGAUCCAGGAGAGCGUGGUGGUGGAUCAGAUCAGCCGGCUGAGCAAAGACUGGGG